UUCCUCAACUCACUCCAUCGUGUUUUCUGUGUGAGAACCAUCAUUUCAUUCACAAGAGGCCGUUCUGUGCUUCUUGUUCGUUCGUUCAUUUCGUUUCGUUUUCCUUUUCUUUUCUUCUCUUUUCAGAGCAUUCCUUUCAAAGGAACGCUCCUCUUCUCAGCUUCCGGCCAGGGGACCGGAAUCUUCUCUCUUGCUAAGAGCUAAUCGCUGUUUGGUGCUCAACAAUGACGGUCACACCGAAAAUCUCUGUCAACGAUGGCAACUUGGUGGUUCACGGUAAGACCAUACUGACUGGGGUGCCUGACAACAUUGUUCUGACCCCAGGAUCAGGCUUUGGACUAGUCGCUGGCGCAUUCAUUGGUGCCACUGCUUCAAACAGUAAAAGUCUGCACGUUUUCCCAGUUGGUGUUUUAGAGGGUCACCGCUUCCUGUGUUGUUUCCGUUUCAAGUUAUGGUGGAUGACUCAAAGAAUGGGAACAUCUGGGAGAGACAUCCCUUUCGAGACACAGUUCCUGCUCAUGGAGAGCAAGGGUAAUGACGGGGAGGAUCCUGAUAAUUCUUCGACCAUCUACACCGUCUUCCUUCCUCUACUUGAAGGCCAGUUCCGUGCUGCCCUGCAAGGCAAUGAAAAGAAUGAGAUGGAGAUUUGCCUCGAGAGUGGAGAUAGUACUGUUGAGACCAACCAAGGACUUUCUCUUGUCUAUAUGCAUGCUGGGACAAAUCCCUUUGAAGUUAUCAAUCAAGCAGUGAAGGCUGUUGAAAGGCAUACACAAACUUUUCUUCAUAGAGAGAAGAAAAAGUUACCUUCCUUCCUUGACUGGUUUGGUUGGUGUACUUGGGAUGCUUUUUACACCGAUGUCACUGCUGAGGGUGUUGUGGAAGGCCUCAAAAGCCUUUCAGAGGGAGGGGCACCUCCAAAAUUCUUAAUCAUAGACGAUGGUUGGCAACAGAUAGAGAGCAAACCAAAGGAUGCUGAUUGUGUUGUACAAGAAGGAGCACAGUUUGCAAGUAGGCUGUCUGGAAUAAAAGAAAACCACAAGUUUCAGAAAAAUGGGAAAAAUGAUGAUCAGGUCCCAGGCCUAAAGGUGGUUGUUGAUGAUGCCAAGCAACAACACAGUGUGAAAUUUGUGUAUGCAUGGCAUGCUUUGGCUGGUUAUUGGGGUGGAGUGAAACCAGCAGGUCCAGGCAUGGAGCAUUAUGAUUCCGCUUUGGCAUACCCAGUCCAGUCGCCGGGUAUGUUGGGCAACCAACCAGACAUAGUUGUAGAUAGCCUGGCUGUUCAUGGCAUUGGCCUUGUGCAUCCAAAGAAAGUCUUCAAUUUCUACAACGAGCUUCAUUCCUACUUAGCUUCGUGUGGUAUCGAUGGCGUAAAGGUUGAUGUUCAAAACAUUAUCGAGACCCUUGGUGCUGGUCAUGGUGGCAGGGUUACACUUACUCGUAGCUACCAUCAGGCCCUCGAAGCUUCAAUUGCUCGAAACUUUUCUGACAAUGGAUGCAUUGCCUGCAUGUGCCACAACACCGAUAGUCUCUACAGUGCCAAACAAACUGCAGUCGUGAGAGCUUCUGAUGACUAUUACCCUCGUGAUCCUGCCUCCCACACUAUUCAUAUUUCUUCUGUGGCUUACAAUUCUCUUUUCCUUGGAGAAUUCAUGCAGCCUGACUGGGAUAUGUUCCACAGUUUACAUCCGACAGCGGAGUAUCAUGGAGCUGCUCGUGCAAUUGGUGGAUGUGCAAUUUAUGUCAGUGACAAACCAGGCAACCACAACUUUGAGCUGUUGAAGAAGCUAGUCCUUCCCGACGGAUCAGUUCUUCGCGCCCAGUUACCUGGACGACCGACACGUGACUCGCUGUUCAACGAUCCAGCUAGAGAUGGCACCAGCCUGCUCAAAAUUUGGAAUAUGAACAAGUGCUCUGGUGUUGUUGGAGUAUUCAAUUGCCAAGGUGCUGGCUGGUGCAGAAUUGCAAAGAAGACUCGCAUUCACGACGAGUCUCCAGGGACCCUCACUACCUCUGUCCGUGCAGCUGAUGUCGAUGCUAUUUCGCAAGUUGCCGGUGCCGACUGGAAGGGCGAUACUAUCGUUUAUGCCUAUCGAUCAGGGGAUUUGACUCGAUUGCCGAAAGGCGCCUCAGUUCCAGUUACCCUCAAAGUUUUGGAAUAUGAUCUUUUCCAUAUUUCUCCUCUAAAGGACAUCACCUCGAACAUCUCAUUUGCGCCAAUUGGCUUGCUCGACAUGUUCAACACUGGCGGUGCCGUCGAGCAAGUCGACGUCCAAGUGUUCGAACGAAUGCCAGAGUUUGACGGUGAAGUUGCUUCGGAGCUAACAUGUUCUCUCCCCAACGAUCGACCUUCAACAGCUACAAUCACCUUGAAAGCUCGAGGAUGUGGAAGGUUUGGUUUAUACUCAUCUCAACGACCUCUAAAAUGCAGUGUGGACAAGGUCGAUUCCGACUUUGUGUACGACGAGGCGACGGGGUUAGUCACCUUCGAACUCCCCAUCCCGACCGAGGAAAUGUAUAGAUGGAACAUUGAAAUUCAAGUCUAAGUGAAUGUCCUAUGCUUAAGUUCAUUAUCCCCAAUGCUAUCAUAUCAUUUAAUAAUGGCUUUUAGAGAGAAAGAGAGAGUAGAAAGAGAGAGAUGGUAAGGAGGAAACAAAUGAAUGUAUGGUGGGGCCAUAAAUUUAAGGGUGUAAUAUGUAGCAACCAAUAUCUGUCAUUAAUGUUGUAAUCUAAUUCUCUAUAUGUCAUAAUAA